UCAACAACGCAGUCUUGUGUGCUCUAAACGGGCCUACUAUAAUCAAAAUUUACAUUAUGUUACAAAUGUUUAGAACUGCUUGAUGAGGUAUAAGUGGAGCAAUGGCCCUGAACGCUGUAUGGAGGUUGAAUCGUAAUAUUUGAGGGCAAACUUUGUCGGUACGAAGGAUAAAUUGAAACAUGAGUAGUUCUUGGCAGCCCAAUCCAAAUGCUAAGCCGUUUGUACCGGCGUCCGCUUUUUUUACUUUGCCAAUUCCUUGCGCAAAGAUCCGUAUUCGAAAGAAAGGGAUUUUUAGCAGGAUGAUUCAGUGGAUUUUGGUGAUAGUGUUAUGCGUGACUGUGAUAAUAAAUUUUAUUUUCAUUUGGGAUACCACGAAGAAAUAUAGCAGGGAUCGAACUGUACUCAAUUCAAACACAGCUGAUGAAGGAGUUGGAAUUUCAAACCACAAUGAAAACAAAGCUGAGGGUCGUAGGAUCACUAUAGAAGUCCAGUCAAGCAAAGACGUAGCCUCUGUCACUGUAGAUGGAACGAAGGUGUUGGAGGCUACUGAUGAACAAAAGAGAGGAAUCAAUGUUGCAGUUCUUAACCAGAUGACUGGUGCUGUCAUGGCAACAAGGUCAUUUGAUACCUUUGCUGCUAAAGAGGACUCAGAUGCCUUGGUGCUGUUCAUCAACAUGGUGUCCGAUGGUAGAAUUCUCUGCUUUGCAAUACGAGAUGAAGGGACAUAUCAACUCAAGAAGACAGCACGGAAUCUUAUGAAUACACUUGGAAGUGAAAACUUUAAGAACUUGAAUUUCAGAGACAUGUGGGCCUUUGUGGUGCACAAACGAGGCUCAAUCAGUGCUGAGGGGCAUAGAAAGGCCCCCAAUUUUGACACCUGGGGAGAGCCCCUAACAAUUCAGGCCCUAGUGACACUGCAGUCACAGGACAGUGCUUCUUGUUCAUGGGAAGAAAGUGAUGUAACAAAAAGAAGGAGAGAAUUUUGUGAGAAGUUUGAAGGAUAUGGCAGUGUCUGUAGCUGCUCAAACCCUGCCCCACUUGACAUCAAAAGUGAUCCUUUACCAAAUGGGGAAAAAAUGUCUCUUCCAAUUGCAAUCAUUGCUAGCAACAGACCAAACUACUUGUACCGAAUGAUUCGCUCUGUCCUUUCUGCUCAGGGAGCAGAUCCUAGCAAGAUUACAGUCUUUAUUGAUGGAUACUUUGAAGAGCCUUUGGCUGUUGCACGAUUAUUUGGUGUCAGAGGAAUCCAGCAUACCCCUGUCAGUAGCAAGAAUGCAAGAAUAUCACAGCAUUACAAAGCAAGUUUAACGACAACCUUUAACCUGUACCCGGAAGCCAAGUUCAUGAUCAUUCUAGAGGAAGAUUUAGAUGUGUCAACAGAUAUCUUUUGGUAUUUUUACCAGUUAUUACCGUUGCUAGAACAGGACGAGAGUUUAUAUUGUAUAUCGGCCUGGAAUGAUCAGGGUUAUGAGCAUACUGUUGGUGAUCCGUCCCUUUUGUAUCGAAUAGAGACUAUGCCUGGACUUGGCUGGGUGCUAAAACGAAAGUUAUACAAAGAGGAACUGGAACCCAAGUGGCCAACACCAGACAAGUUCUGGGACUGGGAUAUGUGGAUGAGACUCCCUGAGAUCAGACUGGACAGGGAGUGUAUAAUUCCUGAUAUUUCCCGCACAUAUCACUUCGGAUCCAAAGGUCUCAACAUGCACCCGUAUUUUCAAGAAAUGUAUUUUAAAAAGCAUGCACUGAACACCGAGUCAAAUGUCAAGUUUGACGUGGAAAAAAUGAAGAAGGAUAAUUACGAGAUUGAGAUCGAGCGUUUAAUUAGCUCUUCAAGUACUCUCGAUCAUUCCAAGAACCCUUGCACAAGCGAGGAGUUUGUUCCAGAACAGAAAGGCAAAAACUUUAUAUUUUACAUCAAAAUGGAUCAUCCCACGGAUUGGAUCACUUGGAGCGCUUUGGCAAAGUGUCUAAAGAUAUGGGACUUGGAUGUGAGAGGUUUUCACAAGAGUAUGUGGCGGUUAUGGAUCAAAGGAAAUCAUGUAUUAAUUGUGGGAUGUCCUGCCUCACCGUAUUGUCAUCAUAAACCAUCAAAUGUGACUCCUAUCUUUAUACCAAAAAAGGAAAACGAGCAGUCGUAGUAUUGGUACGGCGGUUUUCGAACAAGGGGAGUUCUGCGUCGGUGUUGCCCUGUCUGUUCGGUUAGUGGAUGAAUUCCAAGGGUCAUGUCUCCUUCGUCCAAUCAGAGUAAAGUUCAAUGACUUUUCCCGCGUUCAGCGCUGGUUUUUCAGCGUGAAGUUGUGCGCCGGUGAUUAGUUUCGUGAGGUCUUAGUUUUUGUGACGUACAGUCUUAAGGAAAUCGCGCGAAAUAAAAUGGUUAUUCGUGGAUUGGUAGCUUUAUUUAAUUAUUUUUUUACUGCUUUCGGGAAGUGAUCAAGAACCUCGUUUUUCCGUAUUUGAAAAUGAUCGUCAGAGAUUGUUUCAUUGAAGUUUGUUCUCAACAAUAUUCCAAUACAUUUUUAAAUUUCUUAUUCUCCAUUUUGAAUACUAGGAGUCCAAACUCUUUAAAAUUCGACGGGACUCAGAAUCGGAAGCUUGCGAGUCAGUGUUGUCCAUUGUAUCCAAAUUUUUCCACAGAUCGUCACUGAGUUAGCUAACGCUUUAAAGACAACGUGCUUAAUAAAAACUACUGAUAAAUA